AUGGCAGAGGCAAACAGCUUCGACCCGGUGAAGGCGGAGGAACACCUCAGGGAAGUGAUAACUGCUGCGACUUGGCGGGACAUGAGCCGGAAGAGCGCGCGGGAGAAGCUGGAGGAGAAGUUGGGAGUGGCGGCUGAGGGGCUGAAAGAACACAAAAAAGAAAUAAAUGAAAUAAUUGACAAAAUAGUUUCGGAGUUGAAUGCAGAGGAAGAAGAAGAGGAAGAAGCAGAAGCAGAAGAAGACAGAAAAAGCCAGCAAUCCGAGGCUGAGGGAGAAAGCGACGAAGAGCAGCAGCCGGCAAAAAAACAAAAGACAGGAAAUGAACCGCCGAAGAACUUGAAAAAGUUGCAAUCUGCACUGAUGUCUCGGCAAAGCUUUUUAGAAAAGGCUCCUGUGAUGAAUUCCAAAAUUGGAAAUUUAAUUUUCCAAAUGAAACCCCGCACCUUCAGCAGCGGCUCUUGCGGAUGGUUCCAUGGAGGCAAAGUGGCCAUUAAAGUCGGAGACCAGGAAAUUUGGUGUCAGUUGGGGGUGAACUGCACAGUGUUGGGCAGCAAGGAGUGGCGCGACGGGGCGAAGAAGGGGAAGAAGUGA